GUACAUACGCGGACCAGUGUUGCAUCGGUAUCUAGCAUCUAGUAUCUGCAGUUAGGUGUAUAUUUUUGCAAAUUUUCAAUAUUUUCAUGUUUUCGAGUAUUUGGGCACGAAACGCUGCUCGCUUCAAAGAUGCGCGUAUUGUUAAUGGUAACGAAUGCUGUUUUUUUGGUGGCUGUCGCACAAGCUGGUCAUAAACGGGUAAUCAUUAAAGUUCCGCAGCGGAUCAAGCACAUCUAUCAUCAUCAAGUGAAAAGGGUGCCCGUGUACGUGGUGGUUCCGGAAAAGAAGUCCAAAGUUUUGGACGACUUGGAAGAAGUGACUAAAGUGUUGCCUUGCAAAGAACACCGCGAGCGCGAGCCACCAUGGCAAGACGAUAUCGCAGUGGCAGCCGCACCCAGGUAUCGUUACGCCAAGUCUUAUCGCGAUCAAACGUCCGAUUCGGUUUACCUGAGUGAAGGCGACAGUUACCGCACCAGCAUCUCAGAUGACUGGCAACAAGAUGUGAAAAGAUCGCUUCAACCACCACCACCUCCACCACAACCGGCGCCACCAGCACGCAAACCUUAUAGAAGCGUCAAUCAACGAAAGCAAUUGAGUGCGACUGCUGCCCCGUCAUCGCAUUUCAACGAUGAGAUGACCUCAGCCGCUGUCAGCUCAUCAACGCUUGGUGGAGGUCAUCAGACAAGUCAGGGUCAGUAUCAGGAUCAACGCCAACGCGGCAGCGACCGCGAUCGCAUACGAUACGCUCGUCAUUACGCGUAUGAUACCGGUAAUUACUACGAUAGGCCGUCAAAAGCAACUAGUCUAAAUGCUGAUACAAAUACCUUGUAUGAUGGCCGUUCAAAAGAACACACAUGGCCCUUGGUUGAAAGGGGCAGGGACAGGGGCAGGGACGUUGACGUUAGCAAUAACGCCGCCAUGCCCGCUAUCCAACAAAAUUUCGUUCGCAUGAGCUAUCCGCCAGAGCCAGCAGUCGCCACAGCAUUCUCUGCAUCUGCAUCUGCAGCAUCACCAUCUUCUGCACUAUCAUCGUUGUCGUCUCCGGUAGCAGACUUGUAUUCUUACAACGCUGGCGGUGUCAGCUCCAGCGCUUCCGGAGCGGAAUUUCAAUCUGAUCGAAAUCGCUAUCAAGAUCAACAACAACAACCAUCGAACUUUCUCUCUAAUAAUUAUGCUUCUUCUUAUCAGUACAAAAUUCAACAUUAGCUACGAGUCUAAAGCACAAAUCCCGAGUACUAUGUAGUAAGCGUUUUGUCGAUUCAGUUAACAAAAUAUCAUCUAAUGCUUACACCCCUCCUACUGGCAAAAAUUCUCCAGUAAGGCAAUUCAGAGACAGCAUUGGGUUUCAUAUGAAGUUAUUAAAGCUUUGGCUUCAUUGCUUGAUACAAGCUCUGUUAGCCUAGAUGGCAUCCCUACCAAACUAUUUAAAGAUAACAUCCAGGUGCUAGCUCCAAAGAUCAGGAAAACUUCCCAUCCAUUUUAAAAAGCUCAAGUUGUAGGUGGUUCCUGUACACAAAUCUGGUGAUAAAAUGGAUUUGAGUGACUAUAGUCCUACUUCCUUGAUGUCCACCCUAUUAAAAAUUGUUGAAAAAGUGGUAAAAGAAAGAAUUCUGAAUUUUUGGGGAUAAAAAUAUUUUUUUUGCAGAUUCUUGAUAUGGUUUUCUACUAGGUAAAAGUACGUGAGAUGCCUUAAUUGAUCACGUGUCAAUGCUAACCAGGAAAAUUAAGAAGAAUGAGAAAAUGGCUGCUGUCUAUGUACUUAGAUCUGUUAGUAACGCUUUUGAUACCGAAGACCACUGAAUCGAAUUGAACAAGGCAUCAGCUAUUCGCUGAUUGCAAGAUAGUUUAUGCAUUUGCAUUCACCAUACUGGUUGAUGGUUGUAUUGGUUGCUAAGUUUGCUUUUAAGUACAUUUGUAUUAUGUAUAAACUUGAAGUAUGAAGCUGAUUUUUCAUUUCUUGAUCUUUUUUUUAUAAUUUAUGCAGUAUAAUGUACCUAGACCUACCCUACUUUUAUUAAAAUGAAGUCAAAUAAAUUUCUCAUAAAUUAGAACAUUUAACUAAUUAUGCAUAAAAACAGGCGUGUUGAUGCGUAAUGCACGAAUUUGGACUUUUUUCAAAAAUAAACAUAAGAUUUGGCCUGCGAAUAGCAUGUGUAAAAGCAAUGUUAAAGCAUGUAAAAUAAAAGGAAAAUUUGAAAAAAUUUUCUGCCCUGGAUGGGAAUCGAACGUGGGACCCGCAGUUUCAAUGUUUCUGCGUCACCUAACCCACUCGGCCACUUUGCCGCAUGUGAACAGUGGAGUUAUUUCCGCAUAAAUGUUUGUGCGUUUUCAAGUUAUUAAAUUUUUUAAUUUUUCUCCUAAGUCCAAAAAGUGCAAGGGAAAUAACUCCUCUAUUUACAAGAACUCAAGAAGCGAAGUGGCCAAGUUGGUUAGGUAACGCGGAAAAACAGAAACUGUGGGUCCCAGGUUCGAUCCCCGCCCAGGGCAAAAUUUUUUUCAAUUUUUAUUUUAUUUUACAUGCUUUAACAUUACUUUUACUCAUGAUAUUCGAAGGCUGAAUCACAUGCUUUUUUUGAAAAAAGUCCAAAUUUACGUGUGCUUGUGCUAUCAAAUAAUUUCUGUCAAUAGGGUGUUUGGUUCAGAUCUCUCAAGCUUUGUCUCAAUUCUGCCAAGACCCAGCUUUGCUUUCUGUUACAUGGGGUGGUUGCCUCUCCUCUUGUAGCUGCCCAUCCUUAAUGUGGAAAGAACAUAGUCAAGGCCUACAACAGAUAAAACUCUGGAAAUUAAAUUACCUAUUUUAUCCACUAUUUGGCUCUUCAUUUUAAACCUUGUCAUAUGUUGAAAAUUUACUAUGUGUUAUACCAUUCAGUCAUGCAAUUUUGUAGAAUCCUAGUUAGAGGGCGUGGUGCUGCAUACUGGCACAUUGAGCCUAUUGCCCUCUUAUAGAGGUGGGUUGUAAAGAAAAUUGUGGGACUGAAGAAAUGGGACAGUUCAAGUGAAGUUUUCAAAAAACUCGAUACACCGAAUGUUUGAAAUUUGUUCAAAUAUCAGACAGUAAAUUAUGUAAUGAAAAUAAAAGAUGCCUUUGGGGUGUAGGAAAGUGAAAGAAGUAGGAGGGUCUGUAAGCUCGACGCAAAAAUACCUUGGUUCCAUUUUGGUAGAUCCAAUAGUAAAGCUUCAGCAACUCUACCUAGAGCCUUUAAUGAGGCCAUGUUAAAGAAAUACCGAAAUUGUGUCUCCUGCUCUGCUGAAGCUGAAAGCCUCAACUGGAAACUGUUAUGUGUUGCUUUUACACCAGCCCCUUUACUGCUCAAAAUAAAUUUUACAUUGUACUUACCACUGUUGUUCCCCUUGUACAUAUAAUUGAAAUUGAUCUUUUAAAUUGAUUACCUGUUUGGUUUACUUUGGGUUAUCUCGCUCAAUGUCGUGUUACCUAGUGUGCUGAAAUUAUGUGUUCUUCUUAAGUUGUUUCUAAGUAUAUAGUUGAUUCACAACUACCUGAUAUCUGUUUCCUGUUUGUUAAUGUAAGUUUGUUGAAUUACUGAAUAUUGUUAGCUACUCUUCAACCUACCUAUGUUUUUCUGGAUCCCAGAUUUAUUUUUUAUUUAUUUUUUAAUAUGUGAAUUACCUAUGUUGAAAUUAUCAGGCUCUUCUCAAGUUGAAAGCCCAAUGUAUGGAAUGUAAUUUUUAGUGUAAUAUGUAAAGUUAAAUAUCUACAACUAUUUGAAUGUAAUUUUUCCAAGAUGUAUUUACAAUUUACAAGUGCCAAUUAGAUUUUUAUUUUCUGUU